AUGAUCUCGCGAUACGGAAACGCAAAAGACAAAGAUAAAUGGGGCGAUAUUGUUGCGACCUUCCAAAAAGUCGUCGAACUGGAUCCCGACCAUUACGGAUUUGAGAAAAAUGGACGUCCUUUCAGUGCGUACCACUACCUUGGGGAAAUUUCAGAGCAGAUGGGAGACUACCAAUCUGCCGCCAACGCUUUCAAAGAACUGAUUCGCAUCAUGCCCUAUCAGCCAGCGUUCUAUUUACGGUUAGGCAGCCUCUAUGACCAGUUGGACAAUAAGCAGGAAGCAAUCACCGCUUACGAGCGUGCAAUCAAAAUCAACCGCGACCUAUGGCGAGCGCAUGAUGCACUGUGGAAAUUGUGCUUUGAGCAUUAUUAUCAGUUAUAUCAAGAGGAUCAGUUAGAGGCUGCAGCAGAAAAUCUCCGGAAAGCAGUUCACUCUUAUUCUGAACUGCGACGACUUGCCCCACCCGCUAACCACGAACACGACAAUGAUUUGCUAGCACAGUUUCGUGCACGUCUUGGGAGGCUUUACGUCGUCCUCCAACGGGAAAACGAGGCAAUUGAAGUUUUAGAAAAAUCGUUAGAAACAACACCCGAUAACCCCGAUACAAACUACUGGCUUGGAAUUGCUUACCAAGAGAUUGGAAACCCUGAACAAGCAGAACGCUAUCUCAGAACAACAAUUGCACUCUCACCCGAACGUGAAGAGGCUUACAACGCGCUCGGAUAUUUCUUCGCCGAACGUGGAACUAACUUAGACGAAGCUGUGGGGCUAAUCCAGAAAGCUUUGAAAAAAUCUCCAGCAAAUGGUGCUUAUUUGGAUAGCCUCGGUUGGGUAUAUUUCAAGCAGGGCAAACUGAAUGACGCAUUGAAGCAACUCGAAAAAGCAGUUAUCUACAUGCCGGAUAGCGUAGAAGUCCAAGAUCAUCUGGGGGAGGUUUAUCUAAGAAAAGGACUCAAGAAAGAAGCGGAUGCUUCUGAAGUUCCUUCUGCGCCUGCUCAACCAAAUGCACCUCAACUGGCACUCGGAGAUCGCAAGGACUUCUUCUCGGUCAAUUUUAACACCCACGAACAAUAUAUUGUUCAAUCCACAUUGCGAGCGAUUGGAGAGUUCUGUUACAUCUUCGUUGAGGAUUCGCAGUGGUUACGGACGGUGAAUGAAGAAAAGGUUCGCUCGGUGCGUCGUGCAUUUGAUGAUGCGGCACCGGCUGAUUUGAAUCGUGGAAUCUAUGAAAUCGAAACGGAGCUUUUUGGCGCACCGCCAGAUAUUGAUGGCGAUAAGCGGAUCUAUCUGCUUUUAUUAGACAUUCGUGACGGAGAAACACGAGGCAGCAGUUUCGUCGCAGGGUUUUUCAGCCCAGUGAACCAGCACCGAGGCGUUCUGAGACACCCGGAGAUAGGUAUUCCGGUGCGUAGCAAUGAGCUCGAUAUGCUCUAUCUGGACACCGAUCCCCAAAACGCAGGAAGCGAGAAAGCGUUCGGUGUGCUUGCCCACGAAUUUGCGCAUCUCAUCCACUGGCGGCAUGACGCAGAUGAAGCAAUCUGGAUCAAUGAAGGCUGCGCUGAAUAUGCUAUGUUCGUUUGUGGCUACCAAGUAAGAGGGCAUGUCUCAUCAUUUCAACAGAAUCCACAUAUCUCGUUAAUAGAUUGGCCCCAAGGAACGCGCAGCCAACUCGCCCAUUACGGUGCGGCCUACUUAUGGAUGCUUUAUCUCCAUGAACACUACGGCGGUUCACAAACGAUCGCCGCAAUCGUGAAAGAUCGAGCGAACGGAAUCUCCGGCAUCGAUAAUGCCUUGCACUCGCGCGGUAUAGAAGCAACCUUCCCCGUUAUCUAUGCUGAUUGGAAGGUCGCAAAUUAUCUGGACGAUACCGAAUUUGCUGAUGGGCAGUACGGUUAUCAGAAUGAGCAACUAAGGCUCCGGCACCGCCGUGAGCAUCGUUCAUAUCCUGUGUCCGUUGAAAACAACGUACUUGCUAGCUAUGGAUCAGACUAUAUCCCCUUCUACCCUAGUGCCAGAAAUGGUAGUUGA